CACACUAAGUUCAUCGCCACGCUACAUCUUGGCAAAGUUCUUUACUUCUUUUUGCAAAGUAGGUUGCCAAGAAACGAUUUCUGCCCGUAGGCGCAAACGUAAUGCUGUCCAAGCAUGACGAGAAGCGAGAAGCCAGCGACCUUUUACCCGUUUUUACAUAAAGAAGUUGCUCCCACACGUUAGUCUCGAAUACGACGGAUAUUGUGGAUACAUUUUUUGUUUAAAAUGUGUUCUUGUUAAGAUCAUCAUGUUGUGCACUGCCAUCGAAGCUCUUUCUAUUACCUGAAGAAAUUUUCUAAAAGUACAAAGAAGCAACAUGAAAUUUUCUUUGUAUGGGAAAUAUGAGGCAUAGGUGUACUGUUAUCUUUUCUAUACUAUCAUGAGAGAAGAAGAUUUUGAAAUUGCUAUUAAGGUGGUUGUGGUGGGAAAUGGCGCUGUUGGGAAAUCUAGCAUGAUCCAGCGUUACUGCAAGGGCAUAUUUACCCACGCAUAUAAGAAAACAAUUGGUGUAGAUUUUUUGGAAAGACAAAUUGAUUACAAUGGCGAAGAUGUGAGAUUGAUGAUAUGGGAUACAGCUGGUCAAGAAGAAUUUGAUGCCAUAACAAAAGCUUACUACAGAGGAGCUCAAGCAUGCAUUUUAGUGUUUUCUACUGUAGAUAGGGAUUCAUUUAAAGCAAUAGAAUCAUGGAAGAGAAAGGUUGAAAAUGAAUGUGGAGAAAUCCCUACUGUUAUAGUCCAAAACAAAAUUGAUCUGAUUGAUCAAGCAACUGUAUCUAAAGACGAGGCUGAACUUCUUGCCAGGAGGUUAAAGUUAGACUUUUUUAGAAUUUCUGUGAAAGAAGAUUAUAAUGUGUCUGAAGUGUUUCGUCAUUUGGUGAAGAAGUACUUGGAAUUAACAAAUGAACCAGUUGAAGAGUUCACGCCCAAUAUACAUUCUUUAGGAAACCAUGACUAUGAUGGUUACCCUCCACAAAAUAUGUACAUGAGAUCAUCAUAUACUAAUGCCACAAAUGGAACUAUUUCUUUACAUAAACCAAAACGAAGUAAAAGUGGCAAAAAACACUUUUUCCGGAGUUGUCGUCUGCUGUAAUACCGUCAACAAGUGUAAAAUUGUUUUUAUAUUUAUUUGCUUUUCUGUAUAUGAAAUGUUGUAACAUUUUCGAUAUGGUAUUUCCUCCCUUUUAAUUUGUAGAAAAAUUAUGUUGUUGAUUUUUUUUAAUUGUUGUAAUUCUGACGAGCUUUUAUAUAUACUGUGUUUUCAUAUCUUAAUACUAUACUUAAUUUUAAGUCUACUAAAUUUUCAUAAAAAAAAAAUCUUAUUAAAAUUUUGUUAGUAAAUUUUUUAUUUUUCAAAUUAUUUUGCUUAAAUAUGUGAUUGAUUGAAGGUAAAGAGGCAAUAAAUGUCCUCUAAUUGAUAAUUCCUUCAAACAAUAAAUUGUUUCGUUUGGAUAAUAUAAAGCUAUUAGAAAUGAGCACUCAAAGUAAAUCAAUCAUAAUAUUUAAUAUUCAUUUGAAAAUUCUGAAAUUUCAAAAUUCUUCCUUCUUCCUCUAUGGAAUUAAAAAAAUAAAUAAAAUAAACCUAUGUAACCAGCAUUGGAAGCUGGUUCUGAACAUUUGGAAAGCUGAUGCUAAAAGUAUAAUAAAUAUGACCAUGCAAAGUAUUAGUUAUUGUGUUUUCUUACUGAAUCAUAAUAAGAAAAUUUUUAUUAUCCCUUUUAUUCUGGUAUAUUGAACAAAUACUAUAUAAUUGUGAAUAUUUUUUUUUUAUCAUUUUACUUCAAUGUAAAUGUCUGUAAAAAGAUUUUACUCUAAUUUUCUUUUGUUGUAUUAUAAAUUGUUUUUUUUCUCAAUUUUUUUUGUUUGAUAUAAUAAUUGUUGACAAAUUUUCAAGUUAAGAAAAGUAUAUAUUUGUAAUUUUCAACCAAAUGAAAAAUUCUGAACCGUCCUAAGCUUUUUGUAAUAUUUGUCUUGAAAGUUAUGCUUAUAAAGUUGGUGUAUUAUUUUCAAAGUGAUUUUUAAUAUAUAUUUAUAUUAAAAAUAAAGUUAUCAAGUGUACUUACUCAAAACCUUAUAGUGUAUUUAUAAGAAAAUUUCACUAGUGUAUAAUGUCUCUAGCUUUUUCACUUUAUCUCAGACACAAGUUAACAAUUUAUACAAUUAUACAAGGUGUUUGAUGUAAAUAAAUAUUUAAGUAACAUUUAACUCUUAAGUAGAUAUUGAUGAGAUGUCGGCUAUUUCUAUGUUUCUGAGGUAGUUUAAUAAUCAUGCUUUUGUCCAAUCUUUUAGAGACAUCCAAGUUUUAUACUUUUUUAUACCAAGAAAAUGAUACUAAGAUCACUUUAUGGAUGAGUUUUCUGUUUUGUUUAAACACAUGAAUUUCUGGUAUACCGAUUUUUGACUUAAUCGUUUGUUUGUGGAUAUCUUGAUUUUUCCCCCAUAAAAGCCAUUAUGUUGCCUACACUUUCAAUUUUGGCCCAAACUAUUUUGGAAAAUUAGAACUUUCAUUUAUUGCUGUAUGUAAGUAAAACAUUUAAAGAUUAAAAAAAAAAUGGUUUUGGUUUAAUAACUUUUUGAAAAAAUGCUGAAUAUGUGCAUAUUUUUACAGGUUUUGGAUCUUUAUAAUAUAAACCUCAUUAUAUAGAAUGGUUGUCAUAAUUUCUUCAUUAUUGUUUUGUCUGGCAAUGUAUAAAUCAAAAACUGAGAAUUAAUUUCCUCUUUCAAUUUGAAUUUGAUUAGGAUACCAAGCAGUCAGAUAAACUAAGAGUGAAAUGACUCACUAUUAGUUUAGACAAAUGGUUUUGGUGAUUGUUUUAAUGUCAAAUUCUAGUAAAUUAUAUUCGUUGGGUUAGAGACAAAACAGAAAUCUUAUUCAUAAUGACGUAGAAAUUGCUGUAACAGAAAAUAAAGCAUAAGUUUAUUCACCCUUUUUCAAUGUAGAUUAUUACUGAAAUUUGUUAAAAAAAUUUUUGCCAUCUGUCUAUUUGAAUGACUUACAUAUAUUUAUUUAAUGAAUACAAUGUUUAAAACUGAUUUUAUUUAAGGAGAAAAAUAAGAAACCGUCCAUUUUAUUUUUCUUUUGUAAAAAUAAGUGUACUUAAGCUUUCGUCAACACAAGAAUCUGUGCGAGUUCUGCAAUAUUGUAAAAUAUUGCUAUAUCUUGUAUUGCAAAAUGUACAAUUAUAUAAUAAAAGAUUUUCAUGUUGA